AUGGGAGUAGCAUCUAGAGUCCAAGGUAGCACCAGGAGACAGCCAGGAGAUACAAAUCAAGGUUGCUCUCAAUCUAAGAAGUACAAUAUAAUAAGCGUAGCUACUAAGGAAUUUCUACAAGCACCUGGGACACCUAAUGGACCAUUAACAUUAGGAAAAACUGCGGGUAUAUGGACAAUUGACCUUCCACCUGACCCUAAUAAGGCUGUUGAGUCUACAAUUUAUAGUGAACAAGGGGAAGCUUACGCGGGUGUGAAUGAAGUAAAACAAGGCGAGGAAAUAAUGGCUCUCGCCCGUCAUUAUGAUUUCGCUAUAGCUCCAACAGCAGCAGGGUUUUACUUUAUCAACCCACUGUACUCAGAGUUAUAUUGGGUUUCUAAUGCCACUAUUUCCCCCGACAUCAAGCUCAUCCCUAAAUCUGAUAUCAUGGGCAAUGAUGGAUUGUUUGAUAUAACACCUGUUGCUUAA